ACGGACAUGCUUGCCUUUCACAAUAUGGCGGAUGCUUUGGCUUGUCCGGAGCGGAGUAAAAAUCGGCGCCAUCGUGUCGUCGCACGUCUAAAUUUUGGCGAAACUCCCUUCGACGUUCUCAAUGAUUUCCUCAUUAAUUUAAACAACAUUAACAAGGACUAUCUGGAUGGCUUACCGAAAUGGAGCGGAACCUUUAAACAGAAAAGACUCGUAGAAUACAUCUUCUUGAUCACUCAACAACUGAAACUUGAUCCAUCAGUAGGAUACCAUGCAAUCGAACUGCUGCAGAGGUUUAUGGUAAAGCAUGUUGCAGAUACACUUGCCAAAAUCCCUAAUCAAAGUGUAGCCAUUAACGAGUCAAAGAGAUAUGGGGAUUUGAUUUUUAACAAUCUCAAGGAUACGUUCCCUCUGAUCCUCUUCUCUUGUGUACAACUUGCAAACAAACUGUUUUUGCAUUGUCAUAUGAUAGAUACUUCCACUGCUGUACAGUUCCUGCAUUCUUUCGGCCUCAGUGUUUCCAAACAGACCCUCCUGGAAUCAGAGUUGAUGGUCUUUAAAGGCGUUGAAUACAGACUCAAUGUCCUUAACUCUCUGACGUACGUGGAAGUCAUUCUGGAGGUCCUUGGGCACAAUGAGCCGUCCGUGCCCGUAGAGCACCUUUAUCGGCUCUGCCAUUACGUCCUCCAGUUCGUCACCCUGGAGCAGACUGCAAUCUAUGACUCCCUGCUAAGAAGCGUCUGUCAGUGUGUCAGCCCGUCCAUGGAACAGAGGGAAAAUUUUGUGACGGUGACUGAGGAUCGCAUGCUUCGUGGAGUUUGUGUCAUUGCAGUGGCAACAUACAUUCUUUGUUUCAAAAGAUGGAAACAGGUGGUGGGUGAACUGAGCCACAUCACAGGAAUCGCCAGAAGAAACAUCACUGAAUUUGCUCUAGUGAUAGUAGCGCACAUUACUGGUACCAGUUCUUCAGCAGUGUAGACAAGGAAACUCACAGUGCUGAUGUUGUUAGAAGCUCAACAUAUGUAGAUGGAAAAUGUCCAGCAUGCAUUUUAGGGGAACGAUUUCUCCAUCCCCCGAAAACAAAUUACAGCUGUGUUCUAGGAAUUUAAUGUGUUUCGGGAAAUGCUACUUUGAAUUUUUGUAAACGUUAUAUUCAUUUUGCUGAUCAGAAAAAAAAAAAUGGAAAAGAUUUGUAAAUUAUUUUUGGACUCACUUUGUUGACAUAUUUCACAAUAAAUCUCAUCCUGUUUCAUCUGCCA